AUGGAUAGAUUCGAGGGUGAAUACGAGGAUCCCAUGGCAGAGUUUAAGUUGAUAAAGCAACAGGGUACUGUGAAGGAAUAUAUGAAAGAAUUCGAUAGGAUUAUGGCUAGAUUAAAUAUUUUGCCUGAGCAUGCCAUCAGUGGGUUCAUCACUGGUUUGAAACCGGAGAUUGGAUUUGCUGUGAAGAGUCAUAGGCCAUUCACGCUACCUCAGGCAUAUCAGCUGGCUAGGAACAUUGAAUCCCAGAUAAUUAUAGGGUCAAAGAAGGAACCAGCUGUAAGUUUUAAUAGAGAGAAAAGUAGGAGGCUGACUCGGGUUGAAAUAAGUGAGAAGAGGCAGAAGGGCUUAUGUUUUUUCUGUGAUAAAAAGUUCGUACUUGGUCACAAAUGUGUGACAUCCAACAGGCUUCAUCUAUUGAAGGUAGAUGAAGAUUAUGAGGUGGUGGUGGUGGAUGAUUGCAAGGAUCCAGAACCUGAACCAGGGGAGGAAUUAGAAGCAGAAAAAGAGAUUUGUGAAAUAUCCUUGCAAGCUCUACAAGGAGUAACUGGUUACCAAACCAUGAGGGUGAUAGGUAGCACACACAAUUUCAUGGAAGAAGAGCUAGUUAAGAAAUGGGGUAUUGUAAGUCAGACUGUUAGCCUACAACUGAUCAAUAUGGCUGAUGGAGGGAUUAGGCAAACGAUGGAGGCAUGUAAGGGGUUCAACUGGCUGAUGGGGGGUACUUCUUUUGAGUACAACUUCCUUCUCAUUCCCUUAGGUUCAUGUAAUAUCAUUUUGGGAGUGCAAUGGCUCAAACCCCUAGGUGACUUGCUCAUGAACUUUCAAACUCUUACUACGAAGUUCCAAUAUCAAGGCAGGGAAUGCACUUUGACAGGUAUCAUGGAAAAGACCAAGAUAGUUGAGCCCAAGAAAUUAGACAAAUUUGUUGAUGAUAGAGCACAGUUAUUCAUGACAAAUGUCUCAUCCAAGAUAGAGGAAGUGGUGAAUGAUAGUGAGACACCAGUGGAGAUAGUAAAGUUGAUUAAGGAGUAUGACCAAUUUUUUGUUGAUCCAAAAGGUCUACCACCUACCAGGGGAUCUUUUGAUCACAGAAUUCCCUUGGUAAACAACAGUCAUCCAGUGAAUCUUAGGCCCUACAGAUAUUCUUCCAAGCAGAAGGACAUAAUCGAGAAGCUAGUGCAAGAAUUAUUGGACCAAGGAAUUGUUCAAACAAACUAUAGCCCAUAUGCAUCUCCUGUGGUCUUGAUGGGAAAGAGAUAUGGGUCAUGGAGAUUAUAUGUUGAUUAUAGAGCACUAAACAAGGCUACCGUGAAGGAUAAAUUUCCAAUCCCUAUCAUUAAAGAAUCGUUAGAAGAGCUUGGAGGAUCUAGCAUAUAUUCUAAAAUUCACCUAAGGUCAGUAUUGGCAAUGCCUGUUAGUUCUCUGCAGUUUAUUGUGGAGACAAAUGCAUGUGACUUGGGGGUGGGUGUUGUAUUAAUGCAAGAGGGCAACCCAAUAGUUUUCAUCAGUAAAGGGUUAUCAGGGAAGUAUUUGACGCUUUCAGUAUAUGACAAGGAGCUCUUAGCUCUAGUCCUAGCUAUUACCAAAUGGUCACAGUAUCUUAUGGGUAGGUCCUUUGUGGUGAGGACUGAUCAAAGGGCUCUCAAAAUACCUUUCAGAUCAGAAGCUGCACACUAUCCUUCAAAUGAAAUGGGUGGCAAAGCUCAUACAAUAUGA